UAACCCCUUGAUAAUGAAAUUGCAGAGAGUCUGGCCCACCGAUCGACCGUAAGGGCGAAAUUGGCAGGCGACAAAGAGUGGAUAAGCAGGUACGUGAGUCGAGUGGCCGGCAUGUGGCAGCAACAGGAUAACAGCCUCAUGACCCUCCUACCUGGCACCUCCUUGGCACUCCCCUCUGGCACUGGCGUCUACGAGAUCCAGACGGUGACCCUCCAGGGCGCGGGAUGGUCCGGCGCCCUCAGGAACUACGCGAGGGCGUGCGGGGCGGGCGAGGGCGCGCGGGCUGUCGAGGGAACGGCGCUGGUCGGGGCGUGGAAGGGCGUGUUAGGGCCGGCCAGCACGGCGGUGCUUCUGUGGCGCCAUCAGGGGCCCGACUCCUGCGUGGCGCUCAGGGGCGUCUUGGAGUCCCUGGCCGAAGAGUCUUCGCUGACCCCACACGUCAGGUCGGGUCACUCGAAGCUCAUCCUUCCCCAUGCAGUGUCGCCUCUCCACUGACCUUUUCGAAGGGAUCUGACCUUUCCGAUAUUUUUUUCUUGCAAAGUCGAUGGAAGAUUGUUACUGUAAUGCAUUUCCUGAGGCGAGAGAGAGAGAGAGAGAGAGAGAGAGAGAGAGAGAGAGAGAGAGAGAGAGAGAGAGAGAGUGUGAGUGAGAGUG